CCUGGGAGCAGGGCCCAGCUGGGCACAGGCGAAAUGUCGGGGCUGCUCCACACCACGCUGAGCGGGCUCAACAGCGACUCAUACUGCGAGAUCAGUCAGUACCGUGACCAGCACUUUUGGAGUAGCAGGCAGCUGCAGGAGAAAUCGCUGAAAAUUUCCUCAACACUGUAUGUUGGCAACCUGUCCUUCUACACCACUAAGGAGCAGACCCAAGAGCUUUUCUCCAAGUGUGGAGAUGUCAAGAGGAUUGUCAUGGGGCUGGAGAAGAUCAAGAAAACCCCCUUUGGCUUCUGCUUUGUCAAAAACUACACAAGAGCAGACGCUGAACACGCAAUGAGAUUUAUCAAUGGCACACGAAUGGAUGACCGCAUCAUUCGAACUAACUGGCAUACAGGGUUUAGAGGGAGACAGUAUGGAAGAGGAAACACUGGGGGACAGGUGCGAGAUGAGUACCGGACAGACUAUGAUGUGGGAAGAGGUGGCUUUGGCGCUAUUUUUUUUUUUUAG